GUGCGCACGGACGCGGCCAGUGCCGGCUGGGACGCCGGGCCCGUAGCUUCGCUUGCCCGUCCUCUCGCUCGUGCCGCGCGCCCGCGGGGCUGCCAGCCCCCGCCGGGCCGGGGCCAUGCAGGAGAGCCAGACCAAGAGCAUGUUCGUGUCCCGGGCCCUGGAGAAGAUCCUAGCCGACAAGGAGGUGAAGCGGCCCCAGCACUCCCAGCUGCGCAGGGCCUGCCAGGUGGCGCUCGAUGAAAUUAAAGCGGAAAUAGAGAAGCAGAGGCUUGGCGCUGCUGCGCCACCGAAGGCUAACUUCAUUGAAGCUGACAAGUAUUUCCUUCCGUUCGAGCUGGCUUGCCAGUCCAAGUCCCCCCGGGUGGUCAGCACGUCCCUCGACUGCUUGCAGAAACUCAUCGCAUAUGGGCACAUCACUGGCAAUGCCCCCGACAGCGGAGCCCCAGGGAAGCGGCUGAUCGACAGGAUCGUUGAAACCAUUUGCAAUUGUUUCCAGGGCCCUCAGACUGACGAAGGGGUUCAGUUACAAAUAAUUAAGGCCCUUCUGACAGCAGUGACUUCCCCACACAUCGAAAUUCAUGAGGGCACCAUCCUGCAAACGGUGCGGACGUGCUACAACAUCUAUCUGGCCAGCAAAAAUCUCAUCAAUCAAACCACCGCCAAGGCCACCCUCACCCAGAUGCUGAACGUCAUCUUCACCCGCAUGGAAAACCAAGUGUUGCAGGAGGCUAGAGAAUUGGAAAAACCGAUCCAGUCGAAACCCCAGUCCCCCGUGAUCCAGGCUGCGGCAGGGUCCCCAAAGUUCAAUCGUUGGAAGCAGAAUCAGGCACAAAGCAAACCGACCACUCCUGAAAGAGCAGACUUAACCAACGGUGAACACACCAGGGGCGGUCCUGGGAGAGUGAGCUCGGAAAACGGAGAUGCACCCAGAGACAGAGGCUCGUCACUCUCAGGGACUGACGACGGAGCCCAGGAGGUCGUGAAAGACAUCUUAGAGGACGUGGUCGCCUCAGCUGUCAAAGAAGCAGCAGAAAAGCGCGGUGUGACAGAACACGAGAGGAGCUUGGGCGAACUGGAGUGCCAGCAAAGUGCCGGUCCCCCUGGAGCUGAUGAGAACUCACAGACCAACGGCAUAGCAGACGACAGGCAGUCCUUGUCCUCGGCAGACAACCUGGAAUCGGAUGUGCAAGGACAUCAGGUGGCGGCCAGGUUCUCGCACAUUCUGCAGAAGGAUGCCUUCCUCGUGUUCCGCUCCCUGUGCAAGCUGUCCAUGAAGCCCCUCGGGGAAGGCCCCCCAGAUCCCAAGUCCCAUGAGCUGCGCUCCAAGGUGGUCUCACUGCAGCUGCUCCUCUCUGUGUUGCAAAACGCCGGCCCCGUCUUCAGGACUCACGAGAUGUUCAUCAAUGCGAUCAAGCAAUAUCUCUGCGUGGCCUUGUCCAAAAAUGGCGUCUCUUCAGUGCCUGAUGUCUUCGAGCUCUCUCUUGCCAUUUUUCUUACUCUUCUUUCAAACUUUAAAAUGCACUUGAAAAUGCAGAUAGAGGUCUUCUUCAAAGAGAUUUUCCUGAACAUUUUAGAAACAUCGACGAGUUCUUUCGAGCACAGGUGGAUGGUCAUUCAGACUCUGACGAGGAUCUGUGCAGAUGCCCAGUGUGUUGUGGAUAUUUAUGUCAACUAUGACUGCGAUUUAAAUGCUGCUAACAUUUUCGAGCGUCUUGUAAAUGAUUUGUCCAAAAUCGCUCAGGGAAGAAGUGGCCAUGAGCUGGGAAUGACACCACUACAGGAGCUCAGUCUGAGGAAGAAAGGCCUGGAGUGCCUCGUGUCCAUCCUCAAGUGCAUGGUGGAGUGGAGCAAAGACCUGUAUGUGAAUCCCAACCACCAGACCAGCCUGGGUCAGGAGAGACUCCUGGAUCAGGAUAUGGGGGAUGGGAAAGGCCUGGACUUGGCCAGACGGAGCAGCGUGACAUCCAUGGAGUCCACAGUAUCCUCCGGGACCCAGACAGCCGUUCAGGAUGACCCGGAGCAGUUUGAGGUCAUCAAGCAGCAGAAAGAAAUCAUCGAACACGGCAUCGAGCUAUUCAACAAGAAACCUAAGAGGGGAAUCCAGUUUCUCCAGGAGCAGGGCAUGCUGGGAACAUCCGUUGAUGACAUUGCCCAGUUCCUACACCAGGAGGAGCGCCUUGAUUCUACCCAGGUGGGUGAUUUUCUGGGAGAAAGCACGAGGUUCAACAAGGAAGUGAUGUAUGCCUACGUGGACCAGCUCAACUUCUGCGAGAAGGAAUUUGUCUCAGCUCUGCGGACGUUCCUGGAAGGUUUCCGUCUACCUGGGGAAGCCCAGAAGAUUGACCGGUUAAUGGAGAAGUUUGCCGCAAGAUACAUAGAGUGCAACCAAGGGCAGACGCUCUUUGCCAGUGCCGACACUGCCUAUGUGCUAGCAUAUUCCAUUAUUAUGCUGACGACAGACUUGCACAGUCCUCAGGUAAAAAACAAAAUGACAAAAGAGCAAUAUAUUAAGAUGAAUCGAGGUAUCAAUGACAGUAAAGAUCUACCGGAAGAAUAUCUCUCCAGCAUCUAUGAAGAGAUAGAAGGCAAGAAAAUUGCAAUGAAAGAAACAAAGGAGCACACGAUUGCGUCCAAAUCUACUAAGCAGAGUGUAGCUAGUGAAAAGCAGCGACGGCUGCUGUACAACCUGGAGAUGGAGCAAAUGGCUAAAACGGCCAAGGCGCUGAUGGAGGCUGUGAGCCACGCCAAAGCCCCAUUUACAAGUGCCACUCAUCUGGACCACGUCCGGCCGAUGUUCAAGCUGGUGUGGACACCACUGUUGGCGGCCUACAGCAUUGGACUGCAGAACUGUGAUGACACAGAAGUGGCCUCGCUGUGCCUGGAGGGCAUCCGAUGUGCAAUCAGAAUCGCCUGCAUCUUCGGAAUGCAGCUGGAACGUGAUGCCUACGUUCAGGCUCUUGCGCGCUUCUCCCUGCUGACGGCCAGCUCCAGCAUCACCGAGAUGAAGCAGAAGAACAUCGACACCAUAAAGACGCUCAUCACAGUAGCUCACACUGACGGCAACUACCUGGGCAAUUCCUGGCACGAGAUCCUGAAAUGCAUCAGCCAGCUAGAGCUCGCUCAGCUGAUAGGAACUGGCGUGAAGACUCGCUACCUGUCCGGGUCCGGCCGAGAGAGAGAAGGGAGCCUGAAGGGCCACACGCUGGCGGGAGAAGAGUUCAUGGGCCUUGGCCUGGGUAAUUUGGUGAGUGGUGGAGUGGACAGAAGACAGAUGGCCAGCUUCCAGGAAUCAGUCGGGGAGACCAGCUCUCAGAGUGUGGUUGUGGCUGUGGACAGGAUUUUCACUGGAUCUACCAGACUGGACGGGAAUGCAAUAGUUGACUUUGUCCGCUGGCUGUGUGCUGUGUCCAUGGAUGAACUGGCUUCCCCCCACCACCCUCGCAUGUUCAGCUUGCAGAAGAUCGUGGAGAUCUCCUACUACAACAUGAACCGCAUCCGGCUGCAGUGGUCUCGCAUAUGGCACGUGGUCGGAGACCACUUCAAUAAGGUUGGCUGUAACCCCAAUGAAGAUGUGGCUAUUUUUGCUGUGGACUCGUUAAGGCAGCUCUCCAUGAAGUUCCUUGAAAAGGGUGAAUUAGCCAACUUCCGUUUCCAGAAAGACUUCCUGAGGCCCUUUGAGCACAUCAUGAAGAAGAACAGAUCCCCGACCAUCCGGGACAUGGUGAUCCGCUGCAUCGCCCAGAUGGUGAACUCGCAGGCUGCCAACAUCCGCUCUGGCUGGAAAAACAUCUUUGCCGUGUUCCACCAGGCAGCCUCCGAUCAUGACGGGAACAUCGUGGAGCUGGCCUUCCAGACCACGGGCCACAUCGUCACAAACAUCUUCCAGCACCACUUCCCUGCAGCCAUCGACUCCUUCCAGGACGCGGUGAAGUGCUUGUCGGAGUUUGCCUGCAACGCUGCUUUCCCCGACACCAGCAUGGAAGCCAUCCGGCUUAUCCGCUUCUGUGGCAAAUACGUCUCCGAGAGGCCUCGGGUGCUACAAGAAUACACGAGUGACGACAUGAACGUGGCCCCUGGCGACCGAGUCUGGGUUCGAGGCUGGUUCCCCAUCUUGUUUGAGCUCUCCUGCAUCAUUAAUAGGUGCAAGUUGGAUGUGCGGACAAGGGGACUCACGGUCAUGUUUGAGAUCAUGAAGAGCUACGGCCACACGUUUGAGAAGCACUGGUGGCAGGACCUGUUCAGAAUCGUGUUUCGGAUUUUUGACAACAUGAAACUCCCUGAGCAACAGUCGGAGAAAUCUGAGUGGAUGACAACAACCUGCAAUCACGCACUUUAUGCUAUUUGUGACGUCUUUACCCAGUUUUAUGAAGCUUUGAAUGAAGUCCUUCUUUCUGAUGUCUUUGCACAAUUGCAGUGGUGUGUAAAGCAAGAUAAUGAACAGUUGGCUCGGUCUGGUACAAAUUGCUUAGAGAACUUGGUGAUCUCCAACGGAGAGAAGUUCAGCCCCGCCGUGUGGGAUGAGACCUGCAGCUGCAUGCUGGACAUCUUCCAGACAACCAUCCCACACGUGCUGCUGACCUGGAGGCCUGCGGGAAUGGAGGACGACUCAUCAGAGAGACACUGGGAUGUGGAUCUGGACCACCAGUCUGUAAGCAGUGUAGACAAAAAUGCCUCUGAGAGAGGCCAGAGCCAGCUCUCCAACCCCACCGACGACAGCUGGAAGGGUAGACCAUACGCAAGAGCUGCUGAAGGAUCAGAGAUCCUUUCACUAGAUACAGAUCAGAAGCUGUUUGCCAGCCUCCUCAUCAAGUGUGUGGUCCAGCUGGAGCUGAUCCAGACCAUCGACAACAUCGUGUUCUACCCUGCCACGAGCAAAAAGGAAGACGCCGAGCACAUGGUUGCUGCCCAGCAAGACACGCUGGACGCGGACAUCCACAUAGAGACGGAGGAUCAGGGCAUGUACAAAUACAUGUCCUCCCAGCACCUCUUCAAGCUGCUGGACUGCUUGCAGGAGUCCCACUCCUUCUCGAAGGCUUUCAACUCCAAUUACGAGCAGCGGACCGUCCUGUGGCGAGCAGGUUUCAAGGGCAAGUCUAAACCCAAUCUUCUAAAACAAGAAACCAGCAGCCUGGCCUGUUGUUUGAGGAUCCUGUUUCGGAUGUAUGUGGAUGAGAACCGCCGGGAUUCCUGGGAAGAAAUACAGCAGCGACUUCUAACGGUGUGCGGCGACGCUCUCGCCUAUUUCAUCACUGUGAAUUCUGAAAGUCAUCGGGAGGCCUGGACAAGUCUCCUGUUGCUGCUUCUCACCAAAACCCUCAAGAUAAACGACGAGAAGUUCAAAGCACACGCUUCGAGGUACUACCCCUACUUGUGUGAAAUUAUGCAGUUUGACCUGAUCCCCGAGCUGCGAGCAGUGCUGCGGAAGUUCUUCCUACGGAUAGGUGUUGUGUAUAAGAUAUGGAUUCCAGAAGAGCCACCACGGGUGCCAGCCACACUGUCCCCAGGGUGGUAGCCCUGGCCCCUGCGGUCCACUGCCGCAGCUCGCGGAACACUCAUCAGGCCGUGUCAGAGGGGCGCAUCGCGUGAAAGGUCCCACGGAACCCAGGAGGCAGCAUCUCCUCGGCUCUCAGGAUGGCCUGGAUAAGGAUGACCUCUGCGCUGGCCUCGUCCACGUCCCUGACUCUCAGGUGGGGAACCGCACGCUGCUCUGCCGCUCCAGGUCACCGACGGAUCGGUCAGAUCUGCGCCCGCACAGGCCGCCAUUUCCUAGCAGGGCCCCGUCCUCGGCCGCCAGUGUUUUGUCGGAGGAAGUCACUCUCCUGGCAAACAGUGACCACAGCUGUACAGUUCGUGACUACUAGAGAGUGUUAAUAAAGUUUCUUGUCACGGCUAUCCGCCACCUCCAUUGGGCUGGGCUUUUUGUUGUCUGAGUGUCUCUGUCAGGAGUCAGCCCGAGUUAGUCCCGGGGGAGGUAGCAAAAAGAAGGGUCGUUUUUGUGCUUUGUUCCCGUCUGAGUGAUUUUUACAAAGUGUUUGACAAAGACAUUACUGAAGAUUUGAUUGAAGACAGAAUUUAGAAUUUAGUAAUUAACUUAGUGCAAUUAAAGAGCUUGCAAGGCUAAAAAAUAAUGCAGUGCCUCACGGCUCUCGCUGUCUUAGUGACUUGGGGAGAAAAAGUCCGUAGGAGAAGCCGGCAGCGGAAGGAAGGUGGUGACCUUCCUCAGAGUGAGUACCUGUGGAUGGGUGCUCGAAUCCCCGAGCAGUGUCCGUCAGGCACGCUCCUAGGGCGAGUAGAUGCAACAGUAAUGAAGUAGUGACUUAACCAGACUUGAUGUGUCUUUGAGUAAACCUUUUUAUUUUUACCUCUGCAGAGUGAGUGUACUGACGGUUAGUGUCACUGUGCGUGAACCCCCUCAACCAGGAGGCGUGGGUGGAGCCAGGGCUGUCCUGGGGCAGCAGUGGGGAGGGCCCACGCUCAGCACUCACGUUCAUCUGCACCUAGGAGCUGAUUUUUUGGGCAAAGUUGGAUUCUGGGGUCUUUCUUAUGUUCAUGUUGGUGCAAUACCCUGAGCUGCAGCAGAACCGGGUGCCAGUGCAGCUCGCAUACACGCGGGCAAGACGCACGUGCGGCCCAAGCCUGCGAGUUUGAUUCAGUCCACGUCUGGGAGAAAGAGAACACUCGCCUCACCGUCUGCCCUCGUCCACUGCUCACGGAGAGCACAUGUGAGCGCUGGGAACAGCCUUGGAAACCGGGCUGUUUGCUGUCGACGCUGGUGCCUUGGACGUUCGUUAUCUGGGAGCCUGGCUGUCCCAUCAGAUCUCUCUUGUGUUCCGGAGGAGGCUUUCCGGUGCUUUCGCUCACCAAGAGACCCAUUUCCCAAGUUCUUGUCUCGUUUUAUUUUGAGCAGCCUCGAGAAGUGGCUGGAUGUAGCCGGCAGUAUUCUUGUCUACUCGUUUCUUUCCCAAAAAGUGUUUUCAUUUUUUUAACCAAAGAGAAACAAGAGCAGGUGUCAGGUUUUCCGUCGUUGACCUACAGUGGAGAAAGGGAGCUGUGUGGGUUCGCAGGAGGGGACGCUGGGGGAUGUGACUGAGCGAGGCUGGCACCGCGUGUCCCGGGGCCCCUUGUGGCUUUCACAGCUCGCCGCAGCCUCCCCAGGCCAGACGCCUGCACUGACACCUGGACUGGAGGCGUGAACGGGGACUCGCAGGUCUGCGCUGACGUCCGACCUGCCCACGCCACGUCCCUGGUCCCUGGCUGCGCCCUCCCUCCCCAGGUUUCAGCUGGAAUUCUCCUGACCCGCGUUUUCCCAGCGUCUCUGACUCCCCUGUAGAUCCUUGCCUCUGGCAGGGUGGGUACACGUCAGUGCAUUUUGUCACUUCCCGAAACAUUCAGGCUUGGAUUUCUUUCUGUCGUUCAGAAGAUUUCAUUUUCUGAGUGAGGCAUGCGAAUUGUACCAGCAGUGGACUUUGUAAAAACUGGACGUAAACCCGUUUUUCUCGCCAGUGGCCAGCGGGGGACAUCGCCUCCCGUAAUAAGCCAAGCAGCUGUGAUCCUUUUGUCGGUGUGAUUCUGUGCUGCUUCGUCACGGCGAGCACGCGUGACGCGGACAUGUUGGCUGCACAGCGUGGGCCUGGGGUGCCGCUCACCCGGCUCCAUGAAGGGCAGCGCGGCGUUUACCGAGGUCUGAGUUCUUGCUCAGAAAGCUCUCGGUGUUGGUUCUGCGCUCCAGGUGUCGGUUCUGCGCUCCAGGUGUCCAGGAGUUUCCCUUGCAAUCCUGCUGCUUUGAGCCUGCACCCUCACUGUCAGGAAACCACCAGCUUUGGCCUCUUGGCCCACGGUGGACGGGAAAGCUCUCUCCUAAUGCGCAUCUUUGCCCUGCUCUCCCCAUGCACAACCAAAGAACACGCGCGUUAUGGAAAUCGUAUGAUAGGAUCUGGAAAUAGCACUUUCCUCUGACACGUGACUCUUGUACAAAAUAAAAAUUAAAACUUCUUUUGUUCUUUUAUGGAGAUGGCGAAACGUUUAGUAGUCUUUCUAGUGGUUAAGGGAGCCUGCUACAAAUGCUACAGAUGCCAGCGCGACCAUCCCAUUCAGACGUGUCCUCUUGGGAUGCAGACAGACACCUGUUCCAGAGGAGCUGGGCCCCCACCCUGCAGCUCUCAGGUGUCUCAGGGUCUGUGUUAAGGGAGACGACGACCUCGCACAAAGUCCUGGGUUUUGCUGUCAGCAGCUUUGUAGUUCGGGGAACAGAGAAACCAAAGCUGAAUGUUUUAAAGGAUGCAUCUACCUGGGAAUCCUUGCUCUUCAAGAAGGACACUCGUCAAAGGUGUAGUUCUUCUCAGUGUUCUAAUUUUUACAAAAUUUUAUGUGCAUAUUUGCAUCAAAUAUUUCUUUAUGUGCAAAAUGUAUGUUUUACCUCCUUCAAAUGCCUAAAAGUUAGUAGUUACUUUGAUUAAAUCUACACACAAUGAUUAAGUGCAUUUAAUAUUGGUAAUUUAAUGAAAAGCAUCCCCUGCCCAAUGGAUGUAAACAUUUUUGAAAGAAUAAGCAGAAUUAUAUAAUAUGAAAUGCUGUGUAAAGUUUUCUAUGUAAAAAAUUAUGUAUAAUACUGUUAAAAUAUCCCAUGCUUUGAUCA